GAUUUGUCAGAGGGCGCUAACAGGCUGCAAUUCAUAGGAAACAAAGGAAAGGGAAGCCUGGAUUCUUAAUUUCAGUGACAGAACCGAGGAGUGAGGCUGGACCUUGAUGUGUGCUGCAAAAUGUGGAAUUUGGGAUUGAAAGUAAUUUUUUUGUCCUAUCUUGGAUCAGAGAGGAAACAGGGAAAUAAAUCUGGUUCCAACUGGAGAACUUAGAUUCACGAGAAGUUAUCUGAGAGUUACUGAUUCUCUGUCUCUGCAGGACUGGGGAUAGAAGGUUUCAUUCCCCUGUUUCACUUUGGUUCUGCUGGCAUCUAACAGUCAUCUCCUGUACCAGUGCUAACUGCAGUUGUCCUGAAAAAAUGUCCAUCAGGGGACUGAAGAAGAAGCAACCUAAGACUUUUAAAGUGAAAGUUAUAACAAUGGAUGCUGAAAUGGAGUUCAGCUGUGAGAUGAAGUGGAAGGGAAAGGACUUGUUCGACUUGGUGUGCCGAGCAUUAGGACUAAGGGAAACUUGGUUUUUUGGCUUGCAAUACACAAUAAAAGGAAUGUACACCUGGUUAAAGAUGGAUAAAAAGGUUUUGGAUCAAGAAAUCCCCAAAGAAGACCCUGUUAGCUUUCGGUUUUUGGCUAAAUUUUAUCCAGAGAAAGUGGAAGAGGAGCUAUUACAGGAAAUUACCCAGCAUCUAUUCUUCUUGCAGGUUAAGAAACAGAUAUUGGAUGAAGAAAUCUACUGCUCUCCAGAGGCUACAGUUUUAUUGGCUUCUUAUGCUGUGCAGGCUAAGUAUGGUGACUAUGACCCGAAUUUUCAUGAGCCAGGCUUUCUUGCCCAAGAAGAGCUGUUACCCAAAAGAGUCCUCAGGCAGUAUCAGAUGACAGCAGACAUGUGGGAAGAAAAGAUAUCAGCUUGGUAUGCAGAGCACAGGGGUAUUGCCAGGGAUGAAGCAAAGAUGAACUAUUUGAAAAUUGCUCAGGAUUUGGAGAUGUAUGGUGUCAAUUACUUUCCUAUUGCUCAAAAUAAGAGUGACACAGAUCUCCUACUUGGAGUUGAUGCUAAAGGUAUUCACGUCUACAGCAUAAAUAACAGGUUCUCUCCAAAUAAGUCUUUUGAAUGGAGUGGUAUCAGAAACAUUUCCUAUAGUGAGAAAGAGCUAACCAUUAAACCUCUUGAUAAAAAAGCAGAAGUUUUCAAAUUCUUUUCCUCGCAGCUCAAAGUGAACAAACUGAUUUUACAGUUGUGCAUUGGAAACCAUGACUUGUUCAUGAGAAGGAGAAAAGUGGACUCCAUCGAGAUCCAGCAAAUGAAAGCUCAGGCCAGGGAGGAAAAGGCUAGAAAAAAAAUGGAGACUCAAAGGCUGGCCAGGGAGAAGCAGCUCCGAGAAGAAGCAGAGCGAGCCAAAGAAGAGCUGGAAAGGCGCCUCUUCCAGAUGGAAGAUGAAGCCAGGCAAGCCAACGAGGCACUGCUCCGGUCCCAGGAAACAGCAGAGCUGCUGGCCGAGAAAGCUCAGAUUGCAGAAGAAGAGGCCAAACUGCUGGCCCAGAAUGCUGCAGAAGCUGAGCAAGAGCGGCAGAGGUUGGAGAUCACAGCACUGAAAACCAAGGAGGAGAAGCGUCUGAUGGAGCAGAAGAUGCGGGAGACAGAGCUGAUUGCAGUAAAACUGGUGAAAGAGUCGGAUCGAAGAGCCAAAGAAGCUGAACAUCUAAAACAGGAUCUGCAUGAAGCCAGGGAAGCUGAACGAAAAGCAAAGCAGAAACUUCUGGAUGUAACUAAGCUUAAUUAUCUUCAUGUGGCCCGGUAUCCUCAUCAUUCACCUGCUGACACCAGAGAUGUCAACUUUGACAAAGGAUCUGUAAAGAUGGAUUUAAAAGAUGUAGAUCUGAAGAGACUGUCCUUUGAGAUAGAAAGAGAGAGGUUAGAUUACUUGGAAAAGAGCAAAAAAUUUGAAGAUCGAUUGAAAGAGCUGAAGUCAGAAAUCCAUGCACUGAAACUAGAGGAAAAACAAAAUGGGCUCUACUCUCACUGGAAUGAAGUUCUUGGAUCCUUGGAUCGUUCAAUAGGAAAUGCUCCCUCAUGGAUGAAAACCUUUGGAGCUGGAGACUUGUUGGAUAUAAAUCUUGGAAAGCCCUUCCCAGCUUAUCCAUUAAAUGCCACAAGCAGCUGGCCAUGUACCAACAAGAAUCAACAUACAGUGCCCGUGGAAAAGUCAACUUUUCAAACAAAUACCUUGGUUGCCAGCAAUGUGGGGACAGGAACUAGAAAACAGAUUAUAAAGGUUCAGCAGCAAGACUCAGACGUGAUCUACAUUUGAAGCGUCUCAGCGAUUCAGUAAUGCUUUCAUCAAGAAGUGAAUAGGCAGAACUUCAGCGUAAUCCAUUUGGCUGCCACAAGUUACUUACACAAAACCACUACAUAACUUUAGCUACUCUAUGUCCGCAUCAAAACAUGUCCUGUAAUGAGAGUGUGGUGCUGCUCAGCGUCCAGAGAGGCAGCAUCUGCCUAUAGCACUGAAAAUGACAAGCAUCUUUCAUAGUGGCAAACGUGAAAUAAUAUAGGAGCCAAGUUACAUCAUGUGUGUUUCGUGAGAAAACAUUUUACAUUUAAAAUGCCUUUUAUCCUAAAGUGCUUUUUAAACUACAGAGCACCACUGAAAUGCAGGACCCUUUAAAGCCAAGUGUAGCAAAUAGUCAGUGGAACACACUGUGGGAGGAGGAGAUGUUUGGGAAAAUUCCUGCUUUUAUAAAAAAAACUUACACAGAGCACACAUGACUUUGUGGUUUUAAGUCUUAGCAGCUGGUGGGACACUUCUAAAGCCUGUUUCAGCAUAGUUGUUAGUCCACAGAACAUUUUUCACUUAUCCCUAAACAUAACAGACUGUCCAGAUACUUGACUUGUAUUUCUAUUAGAGACAGUUUAGCUCUUAAUUCUAAAUUUAGGAUUGGACAGGCUUUUUUUGUAGGUCUUAAUACAUCUAUUUUGAUGUCUCAUGGAGAUAUGAAUGAAUCCUUAGUGUGGAAGUGCAAGACUUCUGUUUCUAUAUGGUUUUUGUGAUAGUGUGGAAUACCUUUGCUGCUGCCACCUGUAGAAGACUGUAUAACUUACUGUCUCAGAGAAAUUUUAAGUACUAGAGACAAAGGACACCUAACUGGUAUCUGCUAAAGAGGGACUUGUCUCUGAUGAAGACUAAACAUGGUAUCCACCACCCAGCAUCUACUUUAUCAGUAGAACCACUUUAUACUUGAGGAUGUUGUGCAUUAAAUGUAUAUUUAACUGAGAUCUUCAUACAAA